UUCACUGUCAGUAAACAGUCCUUCCAAUACAUUUAACAAGUGCUUUUCAAGCUGAACAAUGGAGAGACUGUCAGUGACCAUGGUUGUGUGGUUGCUUGCUGCAUCACAAUGCCAGGCUGGAGGAAUUGACCAUCUGAACCAGGAGGCGAAAAAUGAAAUCCAUGCAAACAACUGGGUAGAGACGGAUUCUCUCCAGAUUUUAAACCAAGGGCUAGAAGCACCAGUCAUAUUGACCACAAACUCAACAGAAACCCUUCCAAGCUGUGAGCGACCCAUCUACACGGUGCUUAAGGAGCUGGGGGCUCUCGAAGAAAAGCUUGCGGCUACCGUGCGAACCCUGGAGGAAACAAACAAAAAGCUGGAGGCCAGUGAGAAGAAGUUGUCUGAUCUCGACAGCAGGGUGACUGAACUAAGUGCAGUAGAUCAAGGUAAUAAAGUAUAAUAUACUUAUAACCUGCUGAUAAGGGGAAAGCAGAACAGGCACCCUUUUAAUUAUCUCUCAAUAUUGUUAUAUUUUGUUUGUCUCUCAGGAAGGCCUCGGGUUGCAUUUUCAGCUGCACUUCCAGUAGAUGGCACCAUUGGUCCUUUGAAUGUCCAUUACACUCUGGUGUACAAACGUGUUCUUUCAAACAUUGGAGAACGUUACAGCCCAGUCUCAGGUUAUUUUACAGCACCGGUGCAAGGAGUCUAUUAUUUCACCUUUACAUCCCACUGUUGGGCUGGUAAUGCAGACUGUGGUAGCAGUUUGUUCCUAAAUGAUAACCAAGUAGUGUCAUGGUAUAGUUCAGAUGAUCAUAACCCCCACUCUGGUUCUAACAGUGCUGUCUUGCAGCUGCAAGUUGGAGACAACGUGAGUGUUCGUGUCUGGCACAAUUGGAGGAUUAGUGAUAAUAGCAAUAAGUACUGCUCCUUCAGUGGAUUUUGGCUUUUCCCUUUGUAAAAUAAAAUAAUUGAGCAGUCGGUUUUUUAUCAGAUCAAACGUUUAAUAAGGUAAAAAAAGGCUGUGACUUUAGCUUAAAACACUUGAUGUUGUUUGUUAGUUAAAAAUGAGAAUACAAUAGUUUUUUUUUUCUUACCUGAUUCGUGUUGGAACACAAUGGAAUUGAUAAGACUUGCAUUUGCAUAAUUUCAUGAAUUAAAAAAACAGCUUUUUAACUGUUUGAAUAUUUGUUUUGGAAGAUAUGUUAAAAUGGUUAUAUUCUGUACUCGUUCAUGAUUUCUAAAUGACACAAUUGCCAAUAUUUCUCGAUACCUUUGAAUCAUAAUGUACAACAUCAAUCUUUAUAUC